AUGAUUGCUAUAGGCCUGGAGGGCUCGGCUAACAAGCUGGGAGUCGGGCUGAUGCUACAUCCUGACGACGGUGGUCCGCCGCAAGUCCUCUCCAAUAUCCGCCAUACCUUCGUUUCUCCCCCGGGCGAGGGGUUUUUACCUAAGGACACGGCUAGGCAUCAUCGCGCAUGGGUUGUGAAUCUUGUGAAACGCGCUUUGAAAGAAGCUCGAGUUACAGUGAGUGAUGUGGAUUGUAUCUGUUACACGAAAGGCCCCGGCAUGGGCGCCCCUCUACAGAGUGUCGCUGUCGCUGCGAGGAUGUUAAGCUUAUUAUGGGGGAAAGAAUUGGUUGGAGUUAACCACUGUGUUGGACAUAUCGAAAUGGGACGGUAUAUAACGGGAGCUCCUAACCCCAUUGUGCUCUACGUCUCGGGGGGAAACACCCAAGUUAUCGCAUACAGCUCCCAGCGGUAUCGAAUAUUUGGCGAAACACUUGACAUUGCCGUUGGAAACUGUCUUGACAGAUUUGCUCGUACGCUACAUAUCUCUAACGAUCCAGCACCUGGGUACAAUAUUGAACAGCUAGCAAAAAAGGGGCGGAGACUGGUAGAUCUUCCUUAUGCGGUCAAGGGGAUGGAUUGCUCUUUCUCGGGAAUUUUAGCAUCUGUGGAUGCAUUAGCUACAUCUCUUGGGCUGGGCGGGGAAGAGCAGGCAAGUAAAGACGCUGUCGAGCAAUCGGUAGAUGUCAUCAGUGACAUGACGAAUGACGACCUUCCUACGCGGGCAGACCUCUGUUUUUCACUUCAGGAAACAGUGUUUGCCAUGCUUGUUGAAAUCACAGAACGUGCGAUGGCACAUGUCAACUCGAAAGAAGUGUUGAUUGUCGGCGGCGUGGGCUGUAAUGAGCGUUUACAAGAAAUGAUGGGGAUCAUGGCUCGUGAUCGUGGCGGAAGCGUAUACGCAACGGACGAACGGUUCUGCAUUGACAAUGGUAUAAUGAUCGCUCAGGCUGGUUUAUUGGCUUAUAAAAGUGGAUUUCGAACGAAGUUGGAGGAUUCGACAUGCACGCAGAGGUUUAGGACUGAUGAUGUUUUUGUUAAAUGGAGAGAUAAUUGA